ACGAAGGCUUGUGAAGCUGAGAAGACAAAUUGCCCUCAUCAUUAUCUCUGGGCUUGUCAAUCAAACAUAUUCCCUUAUUUACCUCGGCGAGGAGAGAGCCCCGGGAGCACACGGAGAGGGAGGGAGCGAGAGGAGAACUGCUUGCCCCAAACUCUGCACUGGGGAGGGAGCGUUGCCAGCCCCUCGGGAUGGCCACCAUCACCUGCAAUCGCUUCACGGAGGAGUACCAGCUCUUUGAGGAACUGGGCAAGGGCGCUUUCUCCAUUGUCCGGAGAUGCGUGAAGGUGUUGGCAGGACAAGAGUAUGCAGCCAAGAUCAUCAACACCAAGAAGCUCUCUGCUCGAGAUCACCAGAAGCUGGAACGAGAAGCCCGGAUCUGCCGCCUCCUGAAGCAUCCCAACAUUGUGAGGCUCCAUGACAGCAUCUCUGAAGAGGGCCACCACUACCUGAUAUUUGACCUGGUCACUGGUGGGGAGCUGUUUGAGGACAUUGUGGCCAGGGAGUACUACAGCGAAGCGGAUGCCAGCCACUGCAUCCAGCAGAUCCUGGAGGCUGUCCUGCACUGCCACCAGAUGGGGGUGGUUCACCGGGAUCUGAAGCCCGAGAACCUGCUGCUGGCAUCCAAGCUGAAGGGUGCUGCCGUCAAGCUGGCUGACUUUGGCCUUGCCAUCGAGGUGGAGGGGGACCAGCAAGCGUGGUUUGGUUUCGCUGGCACCCCGGGAUAUCUCUCCCCUGAGGUGCUCCGGAAGGACCCCUAUGGCAAAGCCGUGGACCUGUGGGCUUGUGGCGUCAUCCUCUACAUCCUGCUGGUCGGGUACCCACCCUUUUGGGAUGAAGACCAGCACCGACUGUACCAGCAGAUCAAGGCUGGGGCUUAUGAUUUCCCCUCCCCUGAGUGGGACACAGUGACUCCAGAAGCAAAAGAUCUCAUCAACAAGAUGUUGACCAUAAACCCGUCUAAGCGCAUCACGGCAGCAGAGGCUCUGAAGCACCCCUGGAUAUCGCACCGCGCCACUGUGGCGUCAUGCAUGCACAGACAGGAGACAGUGGACUGUCUGAAGAAGUUCAAUGCCCGGAGGAAGCUGAAGGGAGCCAUCCUCACCACCAUGCUGGCCACCAGGAACUUCUCCGGAGGCAAAAGUGGUGGCAACAAGAAGAAUGACGGCGUGAAGAAAAGAAAGUCCAGUUCCAGCGUUCAGUUAAUGGAAUCAUCGGAGAGCACCAACACCACCAUCGAGGACGAAGACACCAAAGUACGCAAGCAAGAAAUCAUUAAGGUCACAGAGCAGCUGAUUGAAGCAAUAAGCAAUGGAGACUUCGAGUCCUACACGAAGAUGUGUGACCCUGGGAUGACUGCCUUUGAGCCCGAGGCUCUGGGCAACCUUGUGGAAGGCCUGGAUUUCCACCGAUUCUACUUUGAAAACCUGUGGUCCCGGAACAGCAAGCCUGUGCACACGACGAUCCUGAACCCCCACAUCCACCUGAUGGGAGACGAGUCCGCCUGCAUCGCCUACAUCCGCAUCACGCAGUACGUGGACGCCGGAGGGAUCCCCCGCACUGCCCAGUCCGAGGAGACCCGCAUCUGGCACCGCCGGGAUGGCAAAUGGCAAAUUGUCCACUUCCACAGAUCUGGCGCGCCCUCUGUCCUACCGCAGUAAGCCCUCUGAAGCGUGGUCCUGCCCGUGUUGGGUUUGUCACUGACUGGCUACCAAGGGGAGACCCCCUCCGACGUGUUCACCUACAGGACUUUGCCUGUUGGCUCUGCUGCUUGGUUCCCGCUGGAAUAACCCCUCGCUUCUCACCGCACACUCUCAACGGCCCUGCCAGCGCAGCGCAAGCAUCCCAUGAAACCCCCCCGCCCUUUCGGGGUCGUGGCGCUGGGCCCCCUUCCUCUGCAUGAACCAGGAAAAGAGAAACCAUGAACUUAAACCCAAACAUCAGGCUGGUGUACAGGCCCCUCUCCUUGGCUGCAAAGCAUUGGUGGGCCCUCUCACUACCCAGCACAUCUGAACUGGGCUCGGACUCAUCAUCCACCUCCAUCCCCAAGCCUGCUGGAAGCCCUCUGAGGAAGAGGGGGGCAGUUUUGAGCCGCUCUGUGCUGUAUCCUCCCUGUGUGCUGGUGGAUUUUGCUUUGCUGCUAUCAAGGUCCCCGUCUGCUGCCAUGACUCCUGCCCGCUCUCGACCUGAGUUCCCACUUCCCAGCAGCCUUGGAUGGGGAACCACAACUUAAACCAUUUGCAAAGUCCAUUUUCCUCAUGCACCCGGGCAAGGAGGGCCGUGUUUGGAUGGGUGAGUAAAGACUAUCUGUUUAUUUUCCCUUCCCAGCGCAGGCUGGCUCCUUCCCAGGAGAGCAAGUAGGUUUGCAGCCUGGCUCCAGGCAGCUGCUGUGCCAAGAGGGAUGCUCUCCCUCCUUCCUCCCUUCUCCCUUUGGAGCAGGGACUGGAGAAGCUGGGAGAAGAGAGGAGGAGAAAGACAACUGCUUCCCAGUACCGCAUGGGCACAACUGGGAGCUGGAGCUCUCACGUCCAUGCUUGGGCAUCCAUCACCCCUGCACCCUCCUUCCCACGCUCCACUCAGCCUGGAUCCUUUACCCCAGCACCCACCCCUGUCCCCCACGUGCAGCACUGGCACUCCCCUGCUCCUGACUCCCAUGCUGGGACGGGGGCAGCUGAACUGGCCGCUGAUUUUGGGGCACAAACCUCCAUCGCCCAUGCGACUCCUUCCAGCGACGACAAGGAAUGCAAGCUUUAGUGACAAAACUCUGCAGAAUCUGAUUGUGCUUCAAAGAAAACAAACAAGCCUUUAUCUGUCUUCUCCUUUGAGCGCAUGCCUUUUUAUAGGGAAAAAGAAACCAACCUACCGUGCAUUUCGUAACUUGAUUUUGAGUAUUUGCUGAAAUGGAUCUUUAUGUAAUAACUAGAAAUAUUCAACUGUUUAAGGUGGGGAGGGAGGGGGGAUUUUCGGGGGGGUUGCUGUUUUUCUUGCGUUUACAUUUGGAAAGGGGUUGAGCCGCUACGAUGCUCCUACCAGGGGUCCCGCGGCUGCCAGCCCCCUCCCCACACCGUGGUGGCUCAUCCUGUUCUGUCCUGGAGCACUGGAUGAGUGAAGGCACCCACUUCCAGGGGCACCCACCUCCCCAGGGCGCCUUCUUGCACCCCACGGGUCUUCCUGCAGGGCAAACCACGGCAGUGGCUUUUGGAGAGCCACCGGCACGUGGCUUUCAGGACAGAAGACGUGGCCGGGAAGAGGAGUUUUGGUCUCACCUCUUUGCCGUCAGGUAGAGGUCUGAGGGUGGGUGUUUUUCCGGCAGUUCUUCCGUUUCUCCUUCUCUUUUUCCAACUGGAGCCUCUUCGCUCACUGAUGUGAGGCUCCCGCAGCGCUGCUGCCCUGGGGGACUUUCUAACUCCACUCUCUUCAUCUGCAUGGCGUUUAACUUUCUAGACGGUGCGUGUGUUGAAAAACAAAGAAACCAACAAAAAACUGCUUGUUUUGGACAUUCAAAAAAAAAAAAAAAAAAAGAAAAAGAAGAAAAAAAAAGGAGGAAAUGUUUCCUCCAUGUAAAUACUGAGCGUGUAUUUUUGCCUUUUAUGUGGUUUUGAACGCUUUGCUCUCUGUCGAGGCAGGGACGGCCACCGUGCCAAACGCAGCUGCAUCCCUGCAGACUGCAAAAAAACACAACCACCUUUUCCUACUGGAUGGAGGGGAAGAAAUCCAAACUGCUGGGGCACGGACAGGCCCUGAGAAGUGUUCUGGUGUGUUCCGCUGGGCCGGCAGUGCGAUGGCUGCUGGUGACGUGUGUAGAAGAUGCCUUUUUGGGGGCAAAGCACAGAGCUGCUCCACGGGUGCCCAUGUGGGUCCCCUUGCCCUUGGUGGACCUAUGCUGUUUCACCCUAGGCUUGCAAGAGAUGACCCCAAAGCAGGAAAAUCCAUGCAGGGAGAGGAUUAGCUUUUAAGGUAGACUUUUGGUGUUUUUACAGAUGUGUUUUUCUUCCUAUAGUCAGGUAGUGCUGAAUUUUUUUCAUUUUUAAAGGAAGGACUCAGCUCUUUCACAGUUCUCUCUCUCCCUCUCCAGAGCUGGCUCUGAAGUCAGCCGUGGUGAAUACCAUCCACCUUCUGAUGCCCAGGUUCUCCAGGUGACAGGAGUUUUUUUGGGGAUUGGUAUAAGAAGGAGGAUAGAGGAGGUCACGUCAGGGCUCUGCAUGGGGGCUGGAGGGCAGAUGCCAUUUCAGCCUGGUUUUGAAACUGCUGAUAAGUGUGGACCUUGGUGAGCUGUGAGGGUGAAGCUGCUCCAGCAGCUGCUACUGGAGAAAGGAAUGGGACAGGAGGUGCUGUAGGAUUUGCUGGAAAUGACAGAUGGGAUGCUGGGGUAGAUACAAUCUCCUUUCACUGAGAUCCCACAGUCACUGCUAGGGAGAAACAUCUUGGCUUCCAGGAAGGCUUUGAGGGACCUUCUUGAUGGGGGUUUCUCAUCCUUGAGGUUUCCCUAAAGUCACCUCCCUGGGAGGCAGCUGGAUGUCCUUGCAACACCUAAAACCUUUCUACUCUUUUCCAAGGGAAGCAGAGUCUGGGGUUCCAACUCAUUCUAGUCUUCCAGUCAAGCUGAAGCCUGACCAAGGAAGACUCAACUUCCCAACAUGCCCACGCUGGCAGCAUUAAGCACCUGCACUUUAGGGAUCUGUCCUGCCUGGCUUCUCUGUCCCACCUUGUCCUGCUUCUCCCGAGCAGGUUCCUGUAUCCCCAGAGCAUCUCUGAGAAAGCACUGACAGAUCACCACCAUUUCUCUCAGUAUUCAUGGAAAACAUCUUGUCUCCGUCUUCCUUCACAUUUCCUGAUUUCUCCUAAACUUGCAGGAAAACUAUAAAAAUAACCAUCGACUGCCACCAUCCUUCUUUGGCUGGCAGAGCCAAGGAUGCUGCUGUUACGUCUGUACUUUUGAGCUGUUGGCCCCAACAAUCCCACCCUGGUUCUGGGGAGGACAAGGUCCAGGGAAGUUCCCAAUAAGCAACAAGGACAAGGACACUUUGUUGGGAUGGAGUUUAUCACCACAGACCUCCUGUCCCCAUUGGCCUCAAGGCUGGAGAUCAGGCUGUGGCACAUUUAAUUUCCUGGCACAGACAGAGCCCCACUCCCCUGGUGACCUGCCUGUCUGCGUCAAACCAAACUCAGAAGUCCUACAAAGUCAUCCUCUCUUUCACCUCUCACAGGGAAUAUCUGACUGGAAGCACUUGCUGUGGUAGUCUCGAGCUCUCAGCUCCACAGGUGGGCUUGGGAGUUUCGUGUUUUGCCUUUCUGGCUGCCAGGGUCCAGUGGCAACAUCGUAAUUUCUCACAUCUUGCCAGUGCAUCCCCUCUGGAAGAUGAAGAGGCUACUCCUGGGCCUCUGCUGUUUGCUGGAGGAGCAGGGACUCCCCUCCUGACCCCAGAUAGUCACAGCUGGGAGAGUGCUUUCCCCCCUACUCCACAUGUAGUGCCCCUUCUGCCAGGCACCCAAUUGCUGCGUGACCCCAAACCUGCCUCCCCUCCCUUUACCUUCCACAAUGGAUGUCCCCACAGAUCUCCAGAGGCUGGAGCAGGCAAGAGCAGCCAUCUGCUCCCACUUUGAGCUCAGGGUGGGCCCUGCAGCCUGUGGUUGGAUUACAUGUGUGAGAGGGCAGCCAUGCAGCCCCAUGGACCAAGAGCUGUCUGCCAGCAGGAGAUCCCAUAACCUCCUCUGACCACCCCAGGAGAUGGGUGACCCUUCAUCCUCACCACAGGGCACAUCUCAUGGUGUGCACCACGCUCUUGAUGCAGCACUGAGGUAGAGACCUUGCCAUCCCCUGUGUCCCAAGGUGCAGGUCCCAGCCCAUCCGAACCAGACAGGGAAACCCAGACGUGAGCAGACUGUGGGGACAUCAGAGCAGGGGCUGGUGGCCACUCUGCCACCCGUCCCACCAACUGAAUGUCCUUCCCUCCUGCAGGUCAUUGACAGGGAGUGGGAGAGGGAGAGGUGGAGGGGACUGUAUCAAGUGGCUCCUUCCUUCUUUGGGUUGUUGUCCCUUUUUUCUAACUGUUGCACAAUUUUAGGGCUUUUGUAACAUUUUUUGGACAAGCAGGGAAAAUAAGUUAACAGUGGUUUAAGAAAAAAAAAUGAGAUCUAUCUCUCUCUCUUAUAUAUUAUAUAUAUAAAAAUAUAUAUA